CCAGAUACAAAUCGGGCUCAAACCAAACUCGCUAGUCGCUACCACCCACGUACAUUAGAAAUGUCAUCCCUGGUUAAACAUUGGGUUGCACGAUUUCCAGAUCGUGUACAAUGGUGAACAAAAAAAAUAUGCUUCAUUACGCACAACAUGUCUAAUGUCUCCAAUAACCAUAUCCAAAUAUAAGCUCCCUUAGGGGGUGUUUGGAACUGAUUCUGCUUCUGCUUCUUUUUUAAAGAAGAAGCAGAAUCAGAAUCAGUUUUCAGAAGCUGGUACCCCACAGCUUCUAAAAAAACUGAUUCUGGGAGUAAUUUAGAGCAUCAGAAGUGCUUCUGGAAUUUUACCCAAACACUCCAGCUUCUGCUUCUGCUCCCUAAAAGAGCAGAAUCAGUUUUGAGAAUCAGAUCCAAACACCCCCUUAGUCAUCUUCUAAUAACCUUGAUGUAAUCACCUACGUAUAUGACCCGCUCCUGACCUUGCAUUUGAUCCCAUGAUGCCGCUUCUAGCACUCUAAUAGCUUCCGUGAUACUAGGUGACCAAUUGGCUGUGCUAGAAUUCCAUCCUCCCUUGAUGAAGUCACGAAGCUACCCUCAAAAUCCUGUGCAACUCCAUCGGUAGAAGGAAACCAUUCAUAGCAUAAGAGGGCAUUACAUGCAUGCAUAAUCGUUUUCAAUAGGACUUCUCUUCCCACUUUAGAUAUAAAAAAAUAAUUCCAGCUAGUUUUUUUUUUAGAAAUCUCUCUCAAUAAACCCGAUUAAUUGUUACAUUUCUCUUCCUUCGGGACCCCCAAUAGCUCACUAAACUUGUUUUUCUCUCCAUUAGAAACAUUGAGAAUAAAAAAAAUAGAAGAUUUUUGAAAAUUUAUUUUUUGUCCCGGCUAGGAUUGAAGUACACCUCAGACCGUGCCCCAUUCCUUUCCCUUUGCCCUAAAAAAAUGUGGUAAUUACCCGAACCAGCAACUUUUAACCCUCCUAUUUCAUUUAUGUCGACGCGCAGAUUUCUUUUCAUCUCCUAACUUUUAUAUAUUCACUUUUGGGAUUUUUAUUUCAAAAGUAAUCAUACCUUCACGGCUUCACCCUAAACUUCCGACGGAGGCGUGCUCGCCCAAUUAAGAAUCGGCGCCGUAAGACACAUGUGAAUUAGCGAUGCGUCGUGCUUCUGCCAUAGCAUCCUCUCUACUUUCUAUGUGUUGCCUGUAAACAGGUCGACAUCGAGGCAAUUGUUUCCAUCGGCGUCGACGACUAGCUUCUUCGGCAAAGCAGCUCUUCGAGAAGGUCAUGACUUCCAUCGAUACACAUGGACAAAAUCAACAAUCUGCUAGUUCUCUUCAUCAGAGCCUCGGAGGUAUCUCGAUUGCCAUGUCUACCGUCAUGUCAGUCACCAUGCAAUUGGGUGCAAAGGCCUCUCCCAGCAAGGCACCAUGACCAUGCGGAUGACAGCAAUUGAAAAACUGGCAGGAAUAUAUAUCUUGUCCUCUAUAGCUAUAAUUGUUGGCUGGAGCCAUAGCUACAAUGGAACGAUUACAAAACCUGGCACUUUGGACAAUGAGGUUGCUAUGUCCCCGACCAAACAACACUGCCAUCGUUCCAUGUCUUCAACCUCCCACGUUGCUGCUCCUUCCCUAAAUUCAGGGCCGCUCCUAAGAUCAACUUCUCCCUCUAUCAGUGUUGGCUUUUUUGGUCCUCAAACGUCUGUGGAAGAUAUUCGUGCUUCGAGUGCACACCAGUCGCCUUUAUCACAUGUUUUGGAUUUUGAUGUGUCGUCCUUCUAUGAUAGUGAUCUGGAUGAUGAGUACGUUGACUAUGAUGGACUUCCUCAACAAACAGGGACAUGCAUAUUGGUGCG